AGCCCAACAUGCAAAGUAAACACAAUAAUUACUAAAAACUCAGUAAGAUGAGGAUUACACCUCCAGCGCUGCCAACACAAAACCCCCUACUCCGAGGCAUGGUGUCCUACGCUGUUCUCUGGCCAUCAGCCAGUAUAUUCCAGGGCUAUCUCCAGCACCAAUCCUGGGACAUCGACUGGCCCCGAGCGGCCAGAUUUGGCAUAUUUGGAGCUUUCAUAAUGGUCCCAAUGCUGCACGGUUGGAUGAGCUACAGCAAUAGACUCUUCGCGAGAAAAGAUUUGGUAACUUCAUUGAAAAGAGCUGUAUUCGAACAAGUCACUGUCGGUCCUGUGGUCACGGCAAAUUUCUUCUUCACUAUGAGCCUUCUGGAGUUUAGGCCGGUAGAGGCGGCCCUGAAAGAAGUAAGAGAUAAAUUUUGGCCAACAUACAGAGUGGGCCUGUUUUUCUGGCCAAUCGUACAGACUGUUAACUUCUGUUUAAUAUCUGAGAAGAAUAGAUUGAUGUUUCUCAGUGUGGCCAGUUUUGUUUUCACCGUGUUCAUGGCUCAUGUUAAAACUAUGAAAAAGGACAAACAACUGUAGGUCUGUGAAGAAAUAAAGUAACUACUUAUGUAAA